AUCAAUAUGAAGGCCACAACGUGCGGGAGUUCGUGAAAGUUUAGCAAACGUUAUUAGUCAAUGAUGUCGGGGCGUUGUGCACUCAAAUUACACUCGAUAGCCAAUAAUUCGCCAGGACUGCCGCGGCCGCAGUGACAAGAUGGCCAACUGAACUGAAAAAGCGAGCCAAAAGCACCAAUCAGUCCCCAAGUGAUGGCCUCCUCCACAUCCUCCGCGCGUGUGAACAACAAAGCUGCCACCACCGCUCCACCCGUUUCCUCCUCCUCCGCUUCCGCUUCCGCCUCCUCGGCUGCUCCUGCCGCUCCUUCUACCGCUCCGCCAGCUGUGACAUUAGGUGACCUGAUUGGCCAGCAGCUAAAGCAGUUAAAUCCCGACGAGCUGCUCCAUAAGGAUGAGCUACAGCUGCUACUGCUGCUAACGCCCGUGCAACGCCGGAAAUUGAGCCGGGAUCUGGACGAUGGCGGCGACAUCAUGGCCAGCACCUCGGCGGCACCGCUUUCCCGUCCCGAAAACGCCGAGGAGGAUGACGACCUGAUUGGAGCGGUGGGCGGACUGGGUAUUUCGUCCCCAACCGCAACCAAAGAGCCGCUGGUGGAUUUUAGGCCACAUGUACUCAAAUGGUUUCAACAGUUGCGCCACCAAACGGGCCACUUCAAGUCGGAGGAGGAGUCGCGUCGACUUCGGGAGGCUGGAAACGACUCGUACCGCAAGGAGCGGCAUCCGCUCAAGGCCAGCGAUCUCUUCACGGAGGCGAUAUUCCUGGCUCCGGCCCGGAAUACACUGGCAGCCGCCCUGGCCCACGCCAAUCGCUCCCUGGUCCUCUUCGACUGCGGUCUUUAUGCGGAAUCCUACGAUGACUGCCUGUGCGCCCUGGAUCUGGGCUAUCCGGAGGAGUAUUUGCCAUUGAUCAAGCUGCGCCAAGCCGCCUGUGCCUUAAAACUGCGUAACUUUGCGCUCUGCGAGGAGCAUCUCCACGAGCUCCUGCACAUUGAACUGAACCAGGUGUUCGAAGCGAGGACCCACGAGCUCUGGCACCAAUGCGAGGUGCUCAAGGUGGAGCGCUUCGAGAUGGCCGUUCAAACGGGCGACGAUCUGGAUACCAACGAUUCAAAAGCGUUUGAAAUAGCCUGGUUGGACAACUCCUCGUCACUGCACACAACCCGGGCAGUGGCCAAAAACGCAUUGAUCUUCGAGUCGGAGGCAGUGGCCAUGGUGCCGAGUGGUAAUUGCCGGGUGUGCGACUACUGCGGGAUCACCCAGUUUAUUCCCUUCCCCUGCAUUUACUGCUCCAAUCGCCUGGUGGUCUAUUGUUCCCGUCAGUGCCGCUUCAAGCACGCUGCAAUACAUGCGGUGGAGUGUUUUGGCCACCAGAUCGAGCUGUUCGAGUCCUUUGGCGAGGUCUUCGGAAUGCCGCGCCUCCUGCAGCUGGCCCUCCGGAUGCUGAUCACCGGACUGCCGGAAAUGCUGGGCCAUUGCCGGAAGAAGCCGACGCUGAGCAAGCUCUGGUCGGCCAUCAAUGGAGGGCUGCAGGAGCGGCAGGACAUCGCCUACAGUGCCGUGCUGCGAUUGGAGCGUUUGAGGGAGGAGCGACCCUCGGACACCUUGAUAGCGUUGGCCCUGGCCUCCCACAUCCUGGCCAUUUACCUGAGCAAGUGCACCACGUUCUUCGAGCAGCUGGAAAAGAGCCUGCCCACGGCGUCCAGGAUGUCCAGUGCCGAGUGGGAGUUGCUGUGUGCCGCUCUGCUGAUGCGGCACAUUGGCCAGUUGCGUCACAGAUCGCUUACCGCCAGCCGAUCCUUCGUCCUGCCCGCUGAUCCUCAUGUCUUCUCGCCGCUCAACGAAUUCCAGCUGUGGGCUGCACCCAUGCGUCUCCAGGAGGGACACCUCCACCUGCUGGCCGGCGAGGUGGCCGUCGUCUCGUACUCCGUCUAUCCGGAAACUCUGAGCCUGUGCCGCCACAGUUGUUCCUCUACGAUCUGCGCCAAGUUUUCCGGCCGCAAGGUGACCGCACUGGCCCUUCUCGAUCUGCCGGCGGGUUCGGGAAUCUACAACUGCUUCGCCGGCGGUAACUUCCAGCAACUGCCGCGGGAGGAGCGCAGCAAACAGCUUCAGGAGCGCGGCAUCCGGUGCCACUGCAACGCCUGCCAGCUCUCACACUCGGAUGACCAGUUCCACAAAUUUCAUCGCUACCGUUGUGAUAACCCAAAGUGCAUGGAAAUCUUCACACCCAACGCCCUGCCACAUGCCACGAAUCUGCGUUGGUGGCUUUCCGAGGAGUACACCCAGCCGGAGUGCAAUGGCGCCGAGCUGAUCCUGUGCCCCCACUGUGGCGAGGCCCAGAAAUUGGAGUGGUUCUGGGCCUUCACCACGUCCCUCAUCGAUUGCGAAUUGAUCGAGGAGCGCUGCAAACUUUACGCGGCCAUCGAGCGCGCCGAGAACCAACUGAUGGAUUUGCACGAGUGCAAGGUGGCUCUGGCCAGGCUCCUCCUGGAGCAGUGUCUCAUGGUGCACCGUGAGGGGGCCACUGUUCUGGACGACUGGGAAUUUAACAAACUGGGCUCCAUCCUGCGAGCCGUACUGCCCAGCGUGAUGGCUCAGUACGGCGGACAGUCGAUCGAGUAUGUGAAGUACUUCGCCUACUUCUGGGAUGUGAUGGCGCUGAGCAACUACAAGUGCAACGAUCGGGAGCUAAUGCAAAUGCUUAACGCUUUGGAGUUCAUCGCCGAUGAGUUCAAGGAUAUAUUCAUCAACUACUACGAGGAUUAUAUUGCGCCCAAAUUUGCUGAAGAGUCCUAUGGCGGUGUCGUAGAUACGCAAGUUUAGAAAGGAAAACGAAACAAAUGAAACGAGCAAAAGUUAAAUAACUUAGAUAUAUUUUACUCUGUAGCGAAAACGAAAACAACACCCACAAAAAAUUCUAGGAAAAUUCUAUUGUUGACCCAUACAAAACAUAAAUGCAUAUAUACUUUGUGCUAUUAUUAAAAAAAAUGGUGCUGAGAUAUUAAAUUGUACGAAACGAAUGUUACAUUCAUUUAGGUGAUUAAGUCAAGGCAAAUAGCGUGCGAGAGAAAUCAAAACGAUCAUAUUAGUAGAGUCAUAUCAUGCACACAUUAUGUUCAUAUCACACCUAGGAAAUGAUUAAUUAUUAACUGAUUGAUUUUAUAGCAAAUGACUUUUUCAUUUUGCAUUGCGAGCAAUAUUUAUGAAUUAACAAAGCUACAAGUGCAACCCCUUGGGAUGGCCCACUGUAUGUUCAUUAAUCAUUUUAAAGCUUCAAAAUUUAGUAAAAUUGUCAGUCGAACACGAACUUGAAACAUUGGAUACAUAGCCGAUCGUACAGUGAGCAGUCCCAAAGCGGGAAACUUAAUCGGUAGUUAGGCCGAAGCAAAACUAAGUGUAAGCAUUAAUUUAGCUUCUGAGAAGCUACUACCUAAGUGUAGCCACUGAUCUCGAUUGUUUGCCAGAAACACGAUAAAUUGUUUUAUCCACACCCUAAAAAACCCUUAAUCAAUCACUUACAUAUGUAUUUGCUUGCCAUCGGCAGCCUGACUGUAAGCUUUUAAUGCUUAAAAAUCAGAUAGGAAUCAAACGCAAUCACUGCAGAAACAAAACAACAAGACAACAAAUGAACAAUUUAAAUUAAUGAAUAUUCAAAUUAUAUGAAUGAACAAGUGUUUUUCAAACCUCGCCUUAAUUUUUUAAAGUGUUUUGAAAUACGGUAAAGAUAAAGAGAAUGAAGAAAAUACAACACGCACUGAUAAAGCAUAGGCCAGGCAAAAUUCACACCGACACGCCCACACACACGGACACUAAAUCAGACACGCGAAUCUAUAUAAAUAAAUAUAUACAAAUUACAAACAAGAUACUCAAACAACUUCUAGCAGCUAUAAACAAAUGCAAUAAAUUCUUUUUAACAACAAA